AUGUCUAGCCUCACCACGGCCGGCAGCAGCAUGGAGGAGCAGUACUACUCCGUGCCCGUGUCCGCGGAGGAGGUCGGCACGCACCUGUCCCUGGGGAUCGGCGGCGGCAGCGGAGGAGGAGGAGCUAAGAGCCUGUGGCUAGCACCGCCGCCGCGGACGGUGCAGCUGUUCGGCGAGGUGCUGUCGGUGCAGGACGAUGAUCUUCGUGACAGUGACGAAGCGCAAGCACUUCAGCACCACCGGGGCCGGCCGACUGGGGCGGCGGCGACGGCGAGCAGGAAGAAGAAGAGAGACGCAGCCGCCGGCGGUGGCACCGCCACAGCCGCUGCUGCUGAUAGGCAUCAGAGUAAGAAGUCCAAGACGACGUGCCGCGACGACGGCGACGGCGGCGGCGGCGGCGGGAGGAAGAAGCUCCGGCUCACCGCCGCGCAGGCCACCAUGCUCGAGGACAGCUUCCGCGCCCACAACAUCCUCUCUCGCGGAGAGAAGCAGGAGCUGGCGCGGCGUGUGGGGCUGAGCGCGCGGCAGGUGGACGUGUGGUUCCAGAACCGGCGGGCGCGGACCAAGCUCAAGCAGACAGAGGUCGACUGCGACCUGCUGCGACGCUGGUGCGACCGCCUCACCGACGACAACGCCCGCCUCAGGCGGGACCUCGCCGACCUCCGCCGGGCGGCGGCUUCGUCCACGAGCCUGGGCGCUGCCAUCUGCGCCUCGUGCGGCGCCGACAAGCAGCAGCUCGACUGCGGCAACAUGCUGGCGUAG